GAAGAAGGAAAAAUAAUCAACAAAUUCACUCGUUUUUCCGUGUAGCGUCCAAAAUUUCAUUAAAACACUGAAAGUAAUCAUCAUUUUUGUUCCGUGACCUCUUAUUCAUACGCCCUUGCAAAUUUUCUGGUGGUUUAAAGUCCACGGUCAACUUUUAACGAUGGCAGACGUUUUAGACAUCGACAAUGAUGACAUCGAGAUGGAUGAAGAUGAUGCUAGGGUUUCGAAACUCAAGGAGAAAGCAAGAAGGCGUAAAGGUCGAGGUUUUGGAGUAGAAAAAUCGGCUAGAGAACACAUCCAAAAGUACGAAUCAGUCGAUCGCCAUGAUGAUGAUCGCGAACCAGGUCCUCAAAGAUCUGUUGAAGGUUGGAUCCUUUUUGUGACCUCAGUUCAUGAAGAAGCUCAGGAAGAAGAUAUCAAUGAUAAAUUUUCAGAAUUUGGUGAAAUCAAGAACCUUCACUUGAAUUUAGAUCGAAGAACUGGAUUUCUCAAAGGGUAUGCACUAGUCGAGUAUGAAUCUUACAAAGAAGCUUCAGCUGCUAAACAAGCGCUAGACGGAUCAGAAAUUUUGGGUCAAACAAUAAAUGUUGAUUGGUGUUUUGUCAAAGGACCCAAGCGAUAAGAUGGAAUUAGUACUCUUAAGUUUCCUUGUGUACAUAGGUUAAGUAUUGAUUGUAUGACAGGCGACAGUUCAAUUUUUUAACCUCCUCUUCUAAAAAUAAUUAAUUGAGAUCACAAACAUGAAUCAACCCUCUGAUUCAUGACAGUUUUGCCUCUUACAACAUUAUAGUUUAUAGGUUCUUUCCUCCCUGAUUCAUUCCUUUUUUGUCAGUGUUCGAUUAGAUGUUAAGCAAAAUUCAGUCAAAAAGCUUGAAAGGAACUUUCAAAUAGUUCAAUAAUUAAUGAAUGCGGAAGAACGUCAAGGCACAUGUAUUUUUCUUCUUUUUUUUUUAGAAAGGUUAGUUUUAAGUUUUAUCAGUCACAAGGGGUAUUUGUGAAACCCUGUUUUUACAUGUCAAAAUUUCUUUCUUAAAUCACUGCAUAGCUUGAGCUGUAAUAUGAACCCAUUUGAGCAAUUUUCUGAGGUAUGAAUUGAACUGAAUAAAAAUACAAAGUCUCAUUCAA